AUGGCAGCCAGAUUGUCUCUCACUGCACGUAACCGACUCCUUCGGACGCCCCAUCUACCUACUUCGACGUCCCUCCUCUCUGUGACUCCACGCUCAUCGUUGCUCCCACGAACCUCAUCACUGCCCUCUCCAUCGGCUAGACUCACCCCGAUUCCCUUGGUGCGCCACUAUGCAAAUGGCCGCCCACAUCCUCCCGGUGGCACACAUCGCAUGAACUUGGGCGGAGAGCCCGAGAAGGCAGCACUGGAGCAGUAUGGUAUUGACCUGACUGAGAAAGCCAAAUCGGGGAAACUCGAUCCUGUCAUUGGAAGAGAUGCCGAAAUCCAUCGAACAAUUCAAGUCUUGUCGCGACGCACUAAAAACAACCCGGUGCUGAUCGGCGCUGCUGGAACUGGUAAAACGGCUGUUCUGGAGGGUCUGGCCCAACGGAUUGUGCAGGGGGAUGUUCCCGAGAGCAUAAAGAACAAACGAGUGGUUGCGCUGGAUCUGGGCUCACUGAUUGCAGGCGCCAAGUUCCGCGGCGAUUUUGAGGAGCGACUGAAAUCCGUCCUCAAGGAAGUGGAGGAUGCACAAGGUGGCGUUAUUCUCUUCAUUGAUGAGCUCCACACUUUGCUGGGACUGGGCAAGGCGGAAGGCAGUAUCGAUGCGAGCAACCUGCUCAAGCCCGCCCUGUCCCGAGGAGAGCUUCAAUGCUGCGGUGCCACCACCUUGAACGAAUAUCGCUUGAUCGAAAAGGACGUUGCCCUUGCUCGCCGUUUCCAGCCCAUCCAGGUGGGUGAGCCAUCGGUGGCCUCGACCAUCUCAAUUCUUCGUGGCAUCAAGAACAAAUACGAAGUGCACCACGGUGUCCGGAUCACAGACGGAGCGCUCGUCGCCGCAGCUACCUACAGUAAUCGUUACAUUACCGACCGAUUCUUACCCGACAAGGCCAUCGAUUUGGUAGACGAAGCUGCCUCUGCACUCCGCUUGCAGCAAGAGUCAAAGCCUGAUUCGAUCCGGGAGUUGGAGCGGGAUAUUACCACCAUCCAAAUCGAACUGGAGUCCCUCCGCAAAGAAACAGAUGUCAGCAGCCGCGAACGUCGGGACAAGCUGCAGGAAGACCUCAAGGUCAAGCAGGAGGAAGCUGGCAAAUUGACAGAAGUUUGGGAAAAAGAAAAGUCCGAAAUCGACAGCAUCAAACACACCAAAGAGGACCUGGAGCGCGCUCGGUUCGAGCUUGAACAAGCCCAGCGUGAAGGGAAUUUUGCCAAAGCUGGAGAGCUCAGAUACUCGACCAUCCCCGGCCUCGAGGCCAAGCUUCCUAAAGAAGGCGCCGAGCAAAACUCGGAACAGCAGACCUUGAUCCAUGACUCGGUUACCGCAGAUGACAUUGGCAAUGUGGUUUCUCGAACCACGGGCAUCCCUGUCACCAAGCUCAUGGCGGGCGAGGUUGAGAAGUUGAUUCGGAUGGAGGACACCCUCCGGAAGUCGGUCCGCGGACAAGAUGAAGCUCUGUCUGCCGUGGCAGAUGCAGUCCGGAUGCAGCGAGCAGGCCUCAGUGGCGAGAACCGUCCGCUGGCAUCGUUUAUGUUCCUGGGCCCCACGGGUGUGGGUAAAACAGAACUUUGCAAGAAGAUGGCCGAGUUCCUCUUUUCGGCUGAAACGGCAGUUGUGCGAUUCGACAUGAGCGAAUUCCAAGAGAAGCAUACCAUUAGCCGUUUGAUCGGCUCUCCGGCCGGAUAUGUUGGGUAUGAUGACGCUGGCCAGCUCACUGAGGCUGUGAGACGGAAGCCCUAUGCGGUGCUGCUGUUUGAUGAGUUUGAAAAGGCGCACCGCGAUAUUUCGGCCUUGUUGCUGCAGGUCCUCGAUGAGGGCUUUCUUACGGAUGCGCAGGGCCACAAAGUGGACUUCCGCAACACCUUAAUUGUUUUGACCUCCAACCUGGGAGCCGACAUUUUGGUCGGUGCCGACCCCUUGCACUCUUUCAAAGAUUUCGGAGAUGCCGAACUCUCAUCUGAACUCAAGAAGGCAGUCAUGGACGUUGUGCAAGGUGCCUACCCACCCGAAUUCCUCAACCGAAUCGACGAGUUCAUCAUUUUCAAGCGGUUGUCACGGGAAGCUUUGCGAGACAUUGUCGACAUCAGAAUCAAGGAACUCCAGUCGCGACUUGACAGUCGCCGGAUGACUUUGCAGGUUGACGACGAGAUCAAAGACUGGCUGUGCGAGAGAGGUUAUGACCCCAAGUUUGGCGCUCGCCCUCUGAACCGUCUGAUAUCCAAGGAGAUUGGCAACCGACUGGCCGACAAAAUCAUCCGGGGCGAGAUUGUUUCCGGCCAAACUGCUCAGGUAUCUCUCAAUGCCGAUAAGUCUGGACUGGUAGUGUCGAUGGAGGAAUAA